AUGCAUUCAGAAAAGGUCUCUACAGCAACUUCAACGUCUUCAAGUGAAAACAGAAAAAGCUCGAAGCCUAUCAUGGAGAAACGAAGAAGGGCACGAAUAAACGCCAGUCUGGCUGAACUAAAGUCACUUCUGUUAGAAGUUAUGAAAAAUGAGGGCAAUCGUCACAGUAAAAUGGAAAAGGCUGACAUUCUGGAGAUGACUGUGAAACAAUUACGACUUUUACAAAGACAACAUUUUUCAGCUUCUGCCAAUGAUGAUUCUCCUGUCUUAACGAAGUAUGUAUUGGGUUUCCAAGAAUGUGCUAGCGAAGUCAGUCGCUAUUUGAGUUCCAUGGCCGAAGUAGACCCUGAGAUUCGAACCCGUCUCCUCAACCACCUGGCUACCUACAUUACUUCAUCUCCCUCUUUUCCCAACUCUUCUUCGCCCAAACGACACUAUUCGUCGUCUUCGCCUUUGCCUGCCGCUCUGGUCAACCGACCAACGUCCGCGUCCGAAAGUUCCUCCUGUCCUUCUCCGGACAAAGUAGCCUCUUCUUCACCACUACCAUCACGACAUGUCUUUGCGGCGAAAGUUCCAGGGUGCCCUACCGAAAUAAUCACUUCAAACGACGCUUCUUCUUCGUCCGAUUCCAAACAAACGAUUUCGUCUGCGACAACAAAUGUGACCGGCGUGACCAAUGGCAUCCUGACUUUAGACGCUUCUCUUUCUCACAUCCAGACAUCAAAAAUGGGAAACGUCCAGUUGCUGGCCACGAAGAUGCCGGCUUGUCAAGUAGCAUUCGUUCUUCCCGCUAGCGUCAUGACUGACGACUCCCAACAAACACUCCGGCCUCAACAGAAUUACUUCCCUGUUCCAAUCUAUGCACCCACCUCCCAAGCCACCCUCAUGCCGAUGACCAGCUCAGGACCCAGCACAGGAGCAAUGAUGACUUUGAUGCCCGAUGUAACCAAAUCUGGAAUCAGUGUAGCACCACUGACCAAUAUGUCAGCCGUACCUCAGAUUAUAUCCUUUCCAGGGACAUUGCCCAGUCCCAUAUCGUCGAGAGCACAGAUUUUAGUUAAUGGCACAGACAUUUACAAAGAGACUGAACUUACACACAAAAACAGUACCCGGAUGUCGUCACCUGAAAUGAAACAAACAUUAUCUCCUUCUCCUUCUGUAACCAAGGAACUUACAAGAAACCACAUAUCAGCCAAUGAAGAACCGUGUACUUUACGUGUUUGCGAAGAUGAAAAUGUUUGGCGGCCAUGUUUCCUUUCUUCGCACUUUCUUCCUUCUCUUUCUUUUUUUUUUCUUUCUUUCUUUCUUUCUAUCACUAUUUCAGCUUUCUUUCUUUUUCUUUCUUUCUCUUUCUUUCUUUCUAUCUUUCUGUCUUUUUUUCUUUCUGUCACUAUUUCAGUGUUCAUUCUUUCUUUCUUUCUGUCACUAUUUCAACUUUCUUUCUUUCUUUCUCUCUUUCUUUGUUUCUUUCUUUCUGUCACUAUUUCAGCUUUCUUUCUUUCACUAUUUCAAUGUUCUUUCUUUCUUUCUUUCUUUCUGUCACUAUUUCAGCUUUCUUUCUUCCUUCCUUUCUUUCUUUCUUUCUUUCUUUCUUUCUUUCUUUCUUUCUUUCUUUCUUCAGAAUUUUAUAUCUAUCUAUCUAUCUAUCUAUCUAUCUAUCUAUCUAUCUAUCUAUCUAUCUAUCUAUCUAUCUAUCCGAAGAGGAUCUUGUAA